AUGCCGUCUGAUAUUAGGAGCUUUUUCGGUGGCGGAGGAGGGGCGAAGGCUGCUCCUUCAAAGAAAGACAUUCCUGCGCCCGCAAAGGCUAAGUCACAGCGUGGUCGCCCCCGAAAGGUCGUUUCCUCCUCCGAUGAAGACGAGGACAUUGCCCAUACCAGGGCCAACAUCCCAUCAACUCCUAACACAAAGAAAGCAGCGAAGGAAUUGGUAGAAGAAGAGACAACAAGCUCGGCGUAUUUCGCUUCCUCGAACGCAAAACCUUCCAGAUCCACUCCAAUCCGAUCCAAGGUUACCACGACUCCAAAUAAAGUCGAAAAGACGACCCCGAAGCAGGCAAAUGGUGGGACUCCUUCGACCGGUCGGCGCUCUGGUAGAAGAACUGCGGUCAAAAAUUACACAGAACAUUCUGAAUAUAAACCUCGCAAAGUAAAGGACGAAGAUGAAGGACGUGACGACAUUUUCAACGAUAUGAAAAGCCGUAAGGUGGACGACGAUUAUGACGAGGGAACUGAUGAUGCCGAUGCAACGCCACCGUCCUGGUCUUCCAAACCCGUCAAUGGCCACUCUCGAAAACGACAACAACACGAAGAUGAAUCUGAUCUUGACGUAGCUCAAGUACCUUCCUAUGACGGUCCAGGUGACCGUAAGGGACCGCGUUCUGCAACUGCUUCAACCACAACUCGAAAGCGAAAGUCCAAAGACCUUGAGGAUGAGGAGAUUGACUUCUUGGAUGACGAUGAUAAUACUCCGAAGAAGAAAACCAAAAAGACUACUUCCGCAGCACGCAAACCUCGAGCACCCGCCAAAAAAGAGGAAAAGGAGGAAAGCAAGGAGAUCCAAGAUAUCCUCAAUAAUAUACCCACCGUUCGAGCACCUACUCCACCGCCUAGGGAUGAUGAAAGCAGAAAGUUCAAAUUUGGUGGAGGAAAUGCGAAUGCUCAGCCUCCUGCUCAGGGGUCUGCGGAAAUUCCUGUUGGUGAGGAGAAUUGUCUUGCUGGAUUGACUUUUGUCUUCACCGGCGUCCUGACGUCCAUCGGUCGAGAAGAAGGCCAAAACCUGGUUAAGCAGUACGGUGGCAAGGUGACAGGAGCACCUUCCAAGAAAACUAGUUACGUGGUCAUCGGCAGUGAUGCCGGCCCGAAGAAGCUUGAGACUAUCAAAGCUCUUGGUAUUACGACCAUCAACGAAGAAGGACUGUUUGCAUUGAUUAAGCAUCUUCCCGCGAAUGGUGGUGACGGCAAAGCUGGUGAAGCUUAUGCUGAAAAGCAAGCCAAAGAGGAGGCAAAAAUUCGCCAACAAGCACAAGAGAUGGAAGACCGCGAACGCAAGAAACAGAAGGAAGCUGCAAAGGUUGCAGAAAAGGCAGCAAUGGCUCAACCGAAUGGUGCCUCUGCUUUGGCAAAACCAAAACCCAAAGUUGACGACCGAUUGUGGGUUGAUAAAUACGCACCAGAUUCGAUGACUAGUGUUUGUGGCAACAAGAGCACAGUCGAGGGCCUCCAAGCCUGGCUUCGAGCUUGGCCGAACAACCAGAAAUCUGGUUUCAAAAAAGCUGGUGCGAGUGGGAGGGGUAUAUUCCGUGCUGCGUUGAUACACGGACCUCCUGGUAUAGGUAAAACAACUGCUGCUCACCUGGUUGCGAAACUUGAAGGCUACGAUAUUGUCGAAAGCAAUGCCAGCGAAACUCGAAACAAGAAGUUGUUGGAGACUGGUCUGAAAGGUGUGCUGGACACCACCUCGCUACUGGGAUACUUUGCUGGAGACGGCAAGAAGGUUGAUGCUUCGAAAAGAAAGCUUCUCUUGAUCAUGGACGAGGUCGAUGGUAUGUCUGCAGGCGACCGAGGUGGUGUUGGUGCCAUGGCCGCGGUUGCAAAGAAGACGAAUAUCCCGAUUAUCAUGAUCUGCAACGAACGUCGACUCCCUAAAAUGAAACCAUUUGAUGGCCAUGCAGCCGAGUUUGCAUUCCGAAGACCAACCACUGACAUGAUCCGUAGCCGCAUUGCAACAAUCUGCUUCCGCGAAGGUAUAAAAUUACCAAGUCAGGUUUUGAAUGCACUCAUCGAGGGAUGCAAUGGAGAUAUUCGUCAGAUCAUCAACAUGAUAUCGACCGUCAAACUUGACAAGAAGGACAUCGACUUCAACGACUCCAAAGCAAUGUCGAAGGCGUGGGAAAAGCACGUCAUUCUUAAGCCAUGGGAUAUUGUCAACAAGAUUCUCCGACCACAAAUGUUCUCAGCGAGCUCGACCGCCACAUUGAAUGACAAAACCGAACUGUACUUCAAUGACCAUGAAUUCAGUUACCUUAUGCUUCAGGAGAAUUAUCUCAAGACGCAACCAACUCUAGCUAGUUCCUACAGUGGAAGGGAGCGGAACAUGAAGCUUCUCGAAUUGUACGAUAACGCCGCCUCCAGCAUCAGUGACGGUGAUUUGGUUGAUAGAAUGAUCCAUGGGUCACAACAACAAUGGGGCUUGAUGCCUACCCACGCAAUUUUCAGUUUCGUUCGUCCAGCUAGUUAUGUUUACGGCAACUUCAAUGUCCAAGUUGGCUUUGCCAGCUGGCUCGGACAGAAUAGCAAGCAAGGCAAACUCUCCCGCAUGGUCAAGGAAAUCCAGGGACACAUGCGUCUGCGAACCUCCGCCGACCGACAUGAAGUUCGUCAGCAGUACCUACCAGCUAUUUGGAACAAAACAGUGAAUCUGCUCAACAAGGAAGGCAAAGAAUCUACUCAAGAUGUCAUCGACUUCAUGGACUCUUACUAUUUAACCAAAGAGGAUUACGAAGCCGUUCUGGAAUUGGGAGUUGGUCCAAUGGAUCAAGCCAAGAUAAAACUCGACACUGCAACGAAAGCAACUUUCACAAGAAUGUACAACCAACAGAGCCACCCCAUGCCUUUUGUCAAAGCGAGCCAUGUCCUGGGCACGGCCAAGGGCGGAGCGAAGAGAGACAAGCCUGAUCUGGAGGAGGCUGUAGACGAAUCCGAAGCCGAGGAAAUCGUCGAUGAUGCCGAUGACAAUGAGGAUGAUGAGAUUGAUUUAAAGAAGGACAAGUAUAUCAAAGCCCCAAAGAAGAAACCCGCAACUGCGAGGGGCAAAGGUGUAUCGAAGAAUAAGCGGAAGAAAGACGCCGAUAGUGAAGACGACGAAGACGAGAGUGAUGAUCAACCAAAGAAGAAAAGGCCCGCGGGUGGAGCAAACCGAGGGGGAAGAAAAGGUAAAGGGCGAGUUUAG